CCUCCAAUCUAUGUUGGCCAAGGCUGAGAAUAGAACUGGAGUCAAGUUCCUGCACACAGAUGGAGAGAAAUACUGUGCAAGUGAAGAGUGGACAGGCAGGUUAAAUAAGAACAGACAAGGCAGUUUCAGUAAAACACGAAGCCUAUGCAACAAAAGGAAGAGUUAGAGGCAGAAUUAUAAAGAGGGGCUUGGCAGAGUUACUGGAUUCCCCCUUCUGAGAGAGCAGCAGUGCCUCCUAGCAGGAUGAUCAAUAACGAUUAUCUGAUUGAGUGCAAGUUGGAUCCAGAAGACCCUCAUUUGCAGGAGCCGGGAUCCCCCAUAUUCCUGCAGUCCACUAUCAACACACCACCCAAAGCGGACCCUCGGGACCCGCGUGGGAUCAACCAGCACCUUAAGCUGGAAUUCUCCGACAUCCUCGCUGAACCUUCCUCGUUUCGCAGCUUUGACCGGGUUUGGACCUGGAGUGACAUCGUCUUUGAGAGUUCACGCCUCUGGUGCUACCGCGUCAUCUCGCUGCUGUGUGCUGUGCCCGUCUCCCUGUUCUCGGGCUUUCUCUUUGCCUGCCUGGGCUGCCUGCACAUCUGGUGUGUGAUGCCCUGUAUCCAGCUCUGCACAAUGGCAAUGCCUCCGGUUCGCACCCUCUGGGCCAGCAUCCUGGAUGUUGUGGUGGCCCCACUUUUCACCAGCCUGGGCCGCUGCUGCAGCGCCAUCUACCUCACCGUGACUCAGAAGUGACACAGAGACGCCUCCUCCCCCAAGACCCACGGGCCAAAGACUUUCCUUCCCAUUUCAUUCAGAUCCACUAAACAGCAGAGAGUAGAACUCACAGGGAGCUUUUAGCCUUGGGUCAGAAAAGGGGAAUUGUGGGCGAAGGAGCAGGCCAGAGGGAAGGAAAACCAGGAGGCCGGAGGAUGAGAGAAAUGGUGCUUCAGAGAGAAGUCUCAAAAUGAAACAUCCGUGUUCUGUACUCUUAUUGUCAUGCCCCCGCUUUGUCCAGACCUGCAGAAAGAAUUCCACAUUAUUCUACGUGUGGGCUCUCCAUAGUCCUCCCUGUGAUCCUUGGUUCAAGGGUGGUAUAAUUUUUUAAAUAUAAUCAUCAUCAUCAUCAUCAUCAUCAUCAUCAUCAUCAUAGGAGGUGAGGAACUUUCAAAAAAUACCCACCUCCAUCCCUGAGAUUCUAGCUGGCUCAUCUGUCAGUUAGUAUCUCAGAGACAGGGAAGGGGAUUCACCCAGAGGCGUAGGAAGGUCAGGUGGUACCCGGUGCGGAAAAUUUAU